CUGUAGCGAACUCCAAGAAAUCUGAUACAGGCUGCACAGAUUUGGCUUUGGUUGCACUCCUUUCUCAUCACUUUAUUUAAACCCAUGAAUUUUUACUCCCAUCUCCGCGUCCAGGAGAUGAAGCUCUUCACUGUCCUGUUUUCCUACGUCCUCCUCCUUGGCCUCUAUACACCACCAAGCCUGUCAGACAGUCCACCUCUUCAAGAUGUGUGCCCCAUGGCGCCUCGGGGUGAAAGGAAGCUGUUCAUGAACGGUUACAUCUGCAAGCACCCUAGCACUAUACUGGCUUCUGAUUUCAAGACACUGCUUCUCAACCAUGCUGGGAAACUAGACAACAUGGUCCGGUCAUCUGCGAACAUCAUCACCGCUGCUGAGUUCCCUGGCCUCAACACCCUUGGCAUGUCGAUGGCACGCACCGACAUCGACUCCUACGGGAUAGUGCUUCCCCACUCUCACCCAAGGGCGUCGGAGAUGAUGUUUGUCCAUGAUGGCAGCGUGCUGGCCGGUUUCUUUGACACCACCGGUAAGCUGUUUCAGAAGAGACUGUGUGAGGGGGAUGUGUUCAUAUUUCCCCGUGGUUUGGUUCACUUCAUCAUGAACUAUGGUCUCCGCCUUGCGACGACGUUCUCGGUGCUCAACAGUCAGAACCCUGGCGUGGUUGGAAUCACCCACGCGAUGUUUGCGCCAGAUUCAGAUGUAGUUGAGGGGCUGGUGGCCAGAAUGAUGAAGUUCAGAGAGAUGGAAAUCCCUGACAACAAGACUACUGAUUUUCCAUGGACUUACUAGUGAAACCAAUUAUAGUAUAAUUUAUCGACGGAUGAUGAUUGUCACAUUUCAAUCAAGACAUGUAUAUGGGCAGAAUUUCAUUUUAGUGAUGUUCUAUACUCUAUACUCUAGCCGAUUAAUUUCUGUUGGAAUUAUAAAGAGCAGUAUCGCGACACACAUAUUGGGAGCAGAACCUUCUAUCUGUUUACCCUACAUGUGGCUUGUUUAGCCUAAUGAUAAUCCUGGACGCUAUGCGUUAUCUCUCCGUGGUGUUGUUUCUAUCUCAGCAGUGUUGCACAAGCACACCCAAGUUUUGCAACCUUAUUGCAGCUUUGACACAGAUU